AUGGCUAAAGAGGUGUUAUUAGAAGAAUCAUGGUUACGCAAAUACGACCAUCUCAUUGGUGGUUUUGCAGGAGGUGUUGUAAGUACAGCAGUAUGCCAUCCCAUGGAUCUUCUCAAAAUCCGUUAUUCAGCCGAUGAAGGCAGCAGCAUUCGGCCUCGAUAUCAUAGCUACUUUCACGCUACUAAAUGUAUUGUCAGAGCGGAAGGCCUUCGGGGGCUUUAUCAAGGCCUCACACCCAACAUGGUCGGUGCAGCCAUGUCAUGGGGUCUUUACAUGGAGUGGUAUCACAAAAUCAAAGCCGUGUUGCCAUUCCGUUCUCCCAAUGAGAAUUUUGAUAAUUUUCUCAUUGGUUUUGCUGCUGGAGCGGCUGUGAUGUGCUUCACUAAUCCGAUUUGGGUAACAAAAACCAGGCUCUGUUUGCAGUACGAGUCAGGUGCACUAAAGAAGUAUUCAGGAAUGGUGGAUUGUUUGAGAAAGAUCUAUAUAGAAGAAGGAAUUCGAGGGCUCUACAGAGGAUUCGUGCCAGGGUUAUUUGGUACUGUCCAUGGGGCACUACAAUUCAUGAUCUAUAACCGCAUGAAGGCAUGGCGAUGUGAGAGAAAUGGAUGGGUCAGAGAUGCUCAAUUGGGUCAGACAGACUACCUCGCAUUCUCAGCUAUUUCGAAGGUCAUUGCAACGACGGCCACAUUUCCAUAUCAAGUCCUCAGAACACGAAUGCAAGACCACAAUGUCGAGGCAAGAGGACUGUGGCGAACUAUUAUGGAUACUUUGACGAAAGAAGGUGUAGCUGGUCUUUAUAAAGGCUGUCUAAUGGCGAAUUUACGGCAGUUACCAGCAGCUGUUGUGACUUUUGCUACAUACGAGAAUGUUAGGCGUUAUAUUAAGAAUUCUAAUUUCUAG